UUCUCGGGACUGGAAGCAGGAUCCGCGUCCCUGAAAUUGCUAUGCCAGCUGAACUCUCCCGGGCCGUGGGAAUGCACGCUAUCUCCGACCUGCACUCCUCCCUCCCCCUGCGGCUCCUCAACAAGGGGCCCGAGUACCUCCGCCGGCAGCUGGAGGCCGGCAAGCCGGGCAGGAAAAGUGCCGUGGAGAGACUGGCCGCCGAUAAGGCCAAGUACGUGAAGAGCCAGCAGGUCAUCGGCGCCAGGCAGGAUCCCGUCAUCGCGCUCAGCUCAGCCUCGGAGAGCAGCAGCGAGACCUGUUCCGUGGAGAGCAAAGCAGCGAGCCGGGACCUGGGCACAGGGACGGACGCGAAGCCCCUGGAGCUGGGCAAGGCGGGGAAUUCCUGCCGAGCCCCCCUGCAGCACGGCCCCCCCAUCGCCAGGCGCAGCACCAAGAGGCAGAUGCGGCCGGAUUCCCUGGUGAUCUACCGUCAGAAAUGUGAGCUCGGCAGAGGUCAAAGCCAGGACAGCUCACGGGGGAACUUGGUGAGGAGGAUCUUCCAUGGGUCCAUAAAGGAGAAGCAGUUGGCUUCCCCUGCGUUGCCCAGAGUCAUGGAGGACAUCGCAGCCACCGAGAGCAGUGAGCCUCUCUCAGCAAACGAUGGUGACCAUGAGCCAAACGACCAUGGAGCGGUGCAGAUUAUCCCUGUGAGCACUGAAGGGGCAGGGGUAUGUACAAAAGAGCAUGAGAAACCCUCAAAACUGAGUACACCUCCUGAAGAGGUCAAGGAGGUGAAGAGGAGAGGUCUCCAUCGCUCCCAGUCAGACAUCAGCUCUCGCUACUCCAAGUCCUUCGCUGAGUUUGAAACAUUUUUCAAGUACUGUGGCCUGGAGCAGGAGGUCAUUGAGGAUCUUGGGAGAGAGAAUUUCUCCGUGGUGUCUGACAAUGUCUCCUUCAGGAUCCGCAGCAUCAGCGUGGCAACGUCGGAGAGUGAGUUCACGAGGCACAGCGGGGAUGAGGGGCUGCUGGAGGACGAACUCACAGAGCAGGUCCCCAGCAGCACCUCUGUGAUUGAGCGCAACGCUCGGAUAAUCAAAUGGUUGUACACGUGUAAGAAAGCCAAGGAGACCAAUAAGGUGAUCCAGGAACUGGCGUGAUGGCUUCAUUCAGCAUGCGUUUGAGCCUGGUAAACUCAAGAAUUGUUGACUUGGAAGUUGAGCAAAACCAGACGCAGGAAGAAACUGUUCCCUCAUCUGGCUUAUGUGUACUUUGUCCAAGUGUAGUAUUUUGUUAUUGCUUCCUACCUUCACCCCCAUCCCCUGGAAGCCUCACUCUUGUCAAGCCCAAGGGUGUCCAAGACUGCAAUGAAAAGUGGAGAUUGUGAACUGUGCCCCCCAGCAAGACAGCAGGAAUCAAAAGCCCCUGGGAAACUGAAGCGUGGCAGCAGCUGCCAUCUGCAGUAAUAUUCAACAUCAGCUCACUGCCUCAGGAUGUCAUUCCAGGCUGUGACAGAAGGUCUGUUUUGCGCACCCAUCUCUUUCCAGCAAUGAAUUUGUCCAGGGAUGGGGGGAGAAAGUGGGAAUGAAGUGGCAAUGACCUCUGGGUCAGGUGUUCCCUUGCAGACAGACUCCACCUGGAUGUCCAAAGGCUCUGCCUUACCAGGGCUGUUUGAUCAGACCUCAUCCUGACAUCAUUCACUAUCAUUUGCUUGGCUGGUGAAGACUAACUGUGGCAGCCUUAUCCGAGAUACUUGGCAAACAUGUGAGCUACCAAACCUCUCUUUCUCUGAGAGCAUGCAAGCCAAAUUGGCAUACCUUGUAUCCAUCUAGUUUGCUCUUGCUAGUUUGUCACACAGCGUGCUCAGACAUUGGAAAAGAAUAUCACCAAAUACUUCCAGCUGCAUGGUUCCAGGAAACAGGUAUUGAGGGAGGUUUUGCAUUGUUUCUGCCUUGCAGAAUGGUACAAUUUGUUUGCAGUGUGUGCCCGAGUCUGACAUGGCCAGCAUUGCAAGGUUUGGCAGUCGUGGUGUAACACCUUUAGUUUUAGGCAGUGAGUGAGCAGGCUGUUACAGAAUGGCAUUAGGGAACUACGCCAGCCUGUGUUAAGCCACACUUCCCCAGUGUGGGUCUGCAGCAGGGCUGUGCAAGGUGGCAGCGCUGCGCUGCAAGGCAAGAAGGCAUGCUAGGGCACAGCCAGGCCAGGGAAUGUCCUGAGGACACCCAGUGUAGACAGCUCUUCAUUCAAUAUCAUCAGUAAAAUGCUUCAUUUGGGCUUCUUGAGCUAAACUUAUUUUAAAAGGUGAUACUUGUAUCAUUAGUGUAGUGAAUGAGGCCUCUGCAGUAAUUCAUGGAAUUUGCUGGCUGUGCCUCAAACACCCCAAUCUGUCAUUGCUUGCUAGGCAAUCAAAGCAUUUCUAUAUGGACAUUGAAAACCACAAAACAAUUAAAAAAAAAAAAAAAAAAAAAAACCAAAGCCACUUUCCCUUUCAUUUGCAGUGAUAUCCAUCUGUGAAAGCUGCCUGACUGGCACAAUGUUGACUUCAGCUGUUGGUCCUGCAGAGGUUAAAAGCUUACUUUGUGUUCCCAUGGUUGUGGAAGAGUCGCCCUUGAAGAGCUCAUCGAUAUCAGCUAAAUAUCAUCUAAGUUGCACUUCCAUGGGUUUUAAAUGUGCUUGUCAGUCCUUGGAUGGUUAGUUCUCAAUUACAGCUCCAGUUUGGAAAUGCAAUGUCUUGUGUUUCUAGUGUUGGGUUCUAAGGCCUACAUGUCUGAAGUUCUUAAGAUAACUAGAUAAUGAUUCCAGAUAAAAUAAUUGUUGAACCCACUUUUCAACUGGGAGAAAAUUAGUUUGUGUGAGCUCCUUCAAACUUAGAGAGAAGGUAGCAUACAUGGAUAUUUUCUUACAUAAUGAAAUCUCCAUAUAUAUUUGUUACAUUUUUAUAAAAGGAUGAUUCUCAGAAGACUUCAAGAUGCUGCUAAUAUGAUAAGAUUUAUACACUGAAGGUGCAGGUUUUUAAGGAUCACAGUCUAGGUUUAUUAGUCAGGAACAUAAUCUGAUGUAUCUGUUCUGUUCAUGCUCCCAGCAAAAUGCUGUACCACAUAUAUAUUUAUAUAUCAGAGCUAAGGAGUGCUUUUCUUUGAAAACAUGGAUGACUGUAGUUAGCUCACAGUACAGGAAAAAUCUUUUGAGUUACAAUCCAGUGCCCUGCCACAGGAGAAGAGAAUUAAGUUGUUUUGUUUCCAAGGAAAAUUUUUGUUUCAUUUUCAAACUUCUAUUUGUUGUUCCUCUGUCAGUUGAGCAGCUUUUAAAAGUUAAGAUGAAAGAUGUAUUACUCAUGAGUUUUCAAUAUUAGGAAGGACUAUGUUUAAUUUGCUUGAAAAUACUGAAUGAACAUCAGCCUUUCUGAAAAUCAAUGAGGAUUUUAUGGCAGAGGUUAGUGAAAUCAGAACUGGACCCAUUCUGAAUACUUUUUUAGUCCCUCUUUUUGUCUUCGUGGAUAGUUCAGUAGGGUUCAGGUGACUUUCCACACUGAUGUGGCAAAAUUUCUUUGGCCUUGUUCAAACUCUGUAGGAAUCCCAAGCACUCCCAUUUAUUUCAGAGGUGAUGUGGACCUGUCUAAGAUCUUGGCCUGAUAUGCUGUAGAUUCCCUUUAUUUAAUAAUACCUUCUGGGGAAGCUAAUAAUUUACAUUUCCUGUAUGUCAGAACAAAAAUAGAUGACAACCUUUUUUCCCCAUAUGUUUUGGGAAUGGCUAAUUCAGUGCUUUUUCCAAAUGAUGAAAGCUCUGGUGUUCAUUCUGCUCCUGUUACUGUUACAUGUAAAGGGUUCUUUCUUCUGCUGGGUCUUUCAGUCAUAUCCUUCAAAACGAGAAGAACUUGCUCAUGUUAGCUACUACCUAUCUUUUUCUCAAAAAAAAAUUGUUUUUUUUUACUAUUUGAUUAUAAAAGAUAUAAUUUAGGAUGGGUGGAAUUUUCCAGCUUUGGUGUUAAACUGUGGAAAAGUGGGCUGUUGCAGUUUGAACAGAAGUUUUAGCAAUGGAGCUGGUUUUCCAAUUGUCUGGGGAGCCUAAAACGGUGGCUGAUGACAAAGGCUAGUCAUAAACUGUAUUAUUUUGUUUGACUAGAACUAUGUAAACAAAAUGUCAAAUGGGAUGCAAGUGUACAGAACAAAUUGCUGCUUACACCCAAGUGUUUAAUGGUUCUCCAGUGCUGUGACAAGGGGCAAUGUCCACAGCUGUGGCAUAACAGAAGAAAGGUACAAAGUCUGGGGUUUAUGGUCUGGAAUAUGGAGAUAAGACUGAAAUCUUUGCAAUAUAUUGUAAAUAUUACUGUACAGAAAUCUAUAAGAAAUACAGAUUUUUUCUAUAUAUAUAUUACUUUUCUAAGGGGUAUAAGUCUACACAUUUUAUGAAAUCAGCCAAGCAUUACAUUGGUGGGGAUUAAGCAGAAACUUUCUUCUGGAGCAGGUUGUCCUGCCAUUGCAUCCUGUGAAGUUUCUUGCAUCUGCUUUUGGACCCUUUGAAAUGGAAUACUUGUCGGAUCUGAUAUGGAUGUUUCACCAUUGCUGUGCUUAUAUUCCUGUGAAAAAAACUGCAUGCUGUUUAAUGCAUACAAAUAAAACAACCACUCUGAGAGGUAAUGUUUGCUUUUUUAAAGUAUACUUUUAUUUUGCUGUCUCCAUUAAAGUGCUGUUAUUUUAAAGCAGGAAUCUCAUUAGGCAAUUAAUUUCUCUGUGAGUGAGUCUGAUACUGGACUGUGAACAUCUCAAAGUGCAAUGCAUCCCUGAGUCUUGCCCAGACCCCUGGCUGAGACCUUAGGCACGGAAUCUCACAAGAAGGUGGCACAAUAAAUAAUAGCUCUCAAUAUCAGUACAUUUGAAUUAUAUGAGGCUAAGGCUGUUCUACAACAUUCUAAUACUUUUUAUUUCAGAAUAUGGCUGAAAAGAUAGAGUUUAUUUCUGAAGGGUACUAUUUUUUUUUCCAAAUUUACUAUUGUUUUUGGUCUUGCUCACUCUCAAAAGCUACGAUGUGCUGCAGGCAAUACCACACUCAUCUCAGCCAGUGUCCAAAGU